AAGAUAUGGAAACUAAUUAUAAUAGUAUAGGAAUUGUAGACGAUUCUACCACAGAUAAUUCUUUAACAAAAUAUAAUAAUGAUGAUGAUUCUAUUAUAGAAAAUUUUAAUGCAAAAACUGACUCAGUAGAUUUUGAAGACUUUUAUGAGGCUAAUUUUGAAAAUGCAGCAAUUGAGAUAAUUGAAGAUCAAAUUCCACAAUGGAGCCUAAAUAUCUAUGAAGUAACUUUGCCUAAUCAGAUACACCAAUUAGAUCUGGGUCUUUUUGGAUAUAUGUUAGAUUAUACGCAAAAGCUGUUGAUAAAACAGUGUAAAAAAUGGACAAUUGAAGAAUUCAACAAUCGACUUGUAGCAAUUCCAAGGUUUCCAGAAUUGAAAAUCUUUAAGAAUGGAAUAACUGUUGUACAAAUAGCAAAUGAGCAUUGA